CUUCGCCCAAAGGUCAAGAACAACCGCCGCCGCUGCUUGCCACGUUGCCCACCAACUCCGACUCUCCCUCCGUGCUCCUGGCCCCCCACCACCUCUACUCCUCGCUCUCCGCUGCACAUCCCAACACACCCAGGCCUCUUCUUUAUCCUAGGACUCGCUCAAGAGCGGUGUGGGACGUGAGACAACAGAAGAAAACCAGCCUCAAACCAGCACUUUGCAUAUCAUCAUCAUCAUGUCGUCUGCUGGUCGAUCCUCCAUUCUGUCGACGACCAAUCUGGACGCGCCAGACUUCCGGUGGGUUAGCCUGAGGAAGAUCGUGUGGCAGGACCCGGAGGGGAACAGCAGGGUAUGGGAGUGCGCCUUUCGCAACACUCGCAAGUCCGAGUGCGACGGGGUGGCCGUGGUCGUCUUCGUCUCGUACCCUGUCUCCAAGAAGGAGGACGAGAUCUUGCUCAUCUCCCAGUACAGGCCGCCGGUUGCAUCAGAGGUGAUCGAGUCCCCCGCAGGUCUGGUCGACGCGGGAGAAGAUGCAAAGGAAGCGGCAGAGCGCGAGCUGCUCGAGGAGACGGGGUUCUCGGGCAAGGUUACGUCCGUUUCGCCGAUAGUGCCCUGCGACCCGGGCAUGACAGACGCCAACAUGCGGUUUGUCACCAUAGAGGUUAAUGGCGACUCCGAGGAAAACCAGAACCCGAAAGCCCGCCCGGAAGACGGAGAGUUCAUCACGCUCCGGAGGCUCCCGGCGACGUCGAUGCAGGAAGGCCUGGACGAAUUCACAAACGCGGGAUUCCAGGUCGACGCCCGCCUGUACGCCAUGGCUGUGGGCUACACGUUGGGAAGACGCGCUGCUGCGACCGGUGCAGGUGACUGCCCGCGGCGAUGGCUGGGACGCGCCGUGGCGACUUCGCUGGUUGGUGUUGUGGUGGCGGCAACGUUGGUGAUGGUGGUGGGGGGUGCGACGCGUGGCAGAUCAUAAGAGCACCACACCCGCGAGUGGUGGUGUGUUUUUUCGGCUUAGAAAUGCAUUCCGAGAAGCUUGUUACAGGAGAAAAAGGUUUCUAUUCUGCACGCGAACACAAUAAAGUGGUUGAUGCUGCGGAAGGAGGAGAGGAGGCACAGAGAAGAUGCCGAAAAUGCCUCAGUCGGUGGGAGAGGAACGACAAAAUCUUUUUGUGGCUCACUGCUGUGCUGGAGGUGGGCGUGUUUGCAAGAGACUGUUGGGACCGGGACAGGUGACUUACGACCCGGUCCCAGAAGGGGUGUGCGAGGGGGGCGAAUCGUUUGGGUGUGCCGUCGUUUAUUUUAAAAGUGCUGCCCCGUUGAACCGGUCGUUGUACGAUAGACUUUUUUACCUAGAUAGGAGCGCGUAUGAAUAUUGUGACGUGAUUUUGCGUGCACGACGCUUCGUUUCGGUUCACGGCUGCGGGUUCGGGU